CACAUAUUGCUUAUGUGGUAGCUUAUGCAACAUCAAGUAAGCAAUGAUAUGGACUUUUGCCAAUCUAACUAAUAAAAUUGUAUUAGAGAUUUCUUCAUUUCUUCAUGCAUGUGAGGGUGAUGCAGUGACAAAACUCACUAAUGAGAAAAUACCGUACUUUAAUGCUCCAAUCUAUUUGCAGAACAAGACCCAGAUAGGGAAAGUUGAUGAAAUCUUCGGUCCCAUAAAUGAGUCUUAUUUUUCAAUCAAAAUGUUAGAAGGGAUUGUAGCAACUUCUUGUGUGCCGGGUGAUAAGUUCUACAUUGACCCAAACAAGCUUUUGCCUCUUGCAAGAUUUCUUCCACAACCAAAGGGCCAGUCACAACCUGCUGCAAGAGGUGGCCGUGCGGGAGGUAGAGGUGGUGGAAGAGGUGGGGGCCAUGGAGGUGGAGCUUUUCAUGGAAGAGGUGCUCCAAGAGGUGGCAGAGCUGGAGGUAGAGGCGGGAGCCGUGGUGGUGGCUUCAGAGGAAGAGGCAGAGCUUAGGACAACAUUUUGUAACAUUACAAUUGCCCAUAUUCUGUGUUUUAACUUAUGGACAUAUAACCAUGAAAAUUUGAUUGCUGAACUUAAUUUUGAUUUUUGUCUGCCAAUGGUUCACUUUUUGUUGCCUAUUCAUGUUUUUCUUGAG